AUGGGUUGGUUUGUAGACAGACAGAUGAGUGUGACAUCAGUAUUUACAGAAAAAACAGUGACUCUGAAGACUGAGCUGAGUGAUAUCAUGUCACUCACAGACAGGCUCAUAGACAGACAGACGGACAGACAGACAGACUCAAAGACAGAUGGACAGAGAAGGACAGACAGACAGACAGACAGACUCACAGACAGAUGGACAGACAGACAGACAGACAACAGAUGGACAGACAGACAGACAGACAGACUCACAGACAGAUGGACAGACAGACAGACGGACGGACAGACAGGCAGACGGACGGACAGACAGCAGACAGACAGACUCACAGACAGACGGACAGACAGACAGACAGACAGAUGGACAGACAGGCAGUUAAUACCCAUUACCCUUCACUAA